GCUCCAAGUCUUCUCUCCUUUGGGUUUUGGCAAUUUUGGGGUAAGGGGAGGUAAGCUGAGCGAGCAGAGUAUCCCAGCUCAGUCUCCCCUCUGGCCACCGCAGCCCCUUACUGCCUUUAUGAAGAAAAAUUAGGCAACAAAACGUAAAGAACAAGAAAUCUGCAUUCAAACUGGGCCAGGAAGAAUGUUUGGACAAAAUGAGGAUUACCAGAUGGACGAGAUUUUGAAAACAAACCCUAUGGCCUUUGAGACCACGGCAAUCACGUUCUUCAUCAUCCUUCUCAUUUGCUUCCUCUGUAUCCUCUUUUUGCUGGCGGUGUUUUUAUAUAAAUGUUUCAGAGGCAAGAACACUGACGAGGCGGGGAAGCUCCCUUGCUCCGAUGAAAACGAAGGGGAAGACUGUCCGGCGGCCAAUGCAGAGAACAAACCCGAGGACGACGACAAGGUCCUACUGCACUUUGUAAACAUGGACAUGCCAAUGAGACCUGGUAUCCUUGUCCAAAGACAGAGUAAGGAAGCCACGCCCUUAGGAGAGAACUUCGAGGGAAAAGAGGACAGAAACAGACGGACAUUAGGGGCUGUGAAUGCUCAAGAAGCCACCUACGAGGAUGAUAACGCUGAGAAAUCACCCAUGCAUGUCCACAGAACUCCUUCAGUUAUGGAAAGCCAAAAAAGACCUUUAAAAGGAGUGACAUUUUCUAAGGAGGUAAUUGUUGUGGAUCUUGGAAAUGACUACUCCACAGCUCGAAGCUAUGCUCGAGAACAUAAAGAGAGGAAGUGAGGUGCACAAAAGGCUGCUAGGGAGAGAAAUGUAACCUUUGACUAGUGUUGGAUUGACUGAGGGUACUGGGUCGUGUCAGAGCAGCAGAAUGAUGGGAAAAGACCAACUACACACGGUAUUUUACCUUAGUCAGAAAGACAUGAACUGUGAAAAACUCUGUAUGUAAAAUGCUGAGCUCGAAUAUAGUUUUUAAAAAUCAAAUCUGAGUUUGGUAAGUUGAUAUAAUAAAUGUCCUUAAACAUCUGA